AUGUUGUUCUCAACCCUAGGGGCUCUAUUCGACGUUCAGAGUCCGCCGCCGAUCACAAGCCCUGCUGCGGUGCUGCGCAAGGAUAAGCAAGGGAUUGUCCAUGCCCCUCCAGGCCAUGAGCUCGGCGACCUCCAGCAAGGACGCAGCCAGUCGACUGCCGACGCCUCCCCUCAAUCAGCCACUGAUGUGCAGACACCGGUGACGCCCGGCAAUGCACCGCGCACUAAAUGGCGGCUGUUGAGUGCUUGCUUCAUGAACUUUGCCAAUGGGCUGAACGAUAGCGCCCCGGGAGCCCUAAUCCCUUACAUGGAAACAGACUACAAGAUUGGCUAUGCUGUCGUGUCGCUGAUUUUCGUGACAAAUGCGCUGGGGUUUAUUCUUGCUGCACCGUUGACUCAUGCUCUGGAAAUGAGACUCGGCCGUUCGAGGACUUAUUCUGUUUCUAUGGGCCUGUUGGCGGCUGUAUAUGUGAUCAUCAUCUGCAAGCCGCCGUUCCCUGCAGUGGUGGCCAGUUUCUUUCUCUUAGGCCUGGGCAUGGCUAUCAACCUGGCCUUAAACAAUGUCUUUUGUGCGAAUCUUGUGAACAGUACUACAGCUUUAGGCGGCCUUGCUGGUGCUUAUGGAAUCGGUGGGAUCAUAGGACCGCUUGUCGCAACUGCUUUGGCAUCCCAUGGUGUUCGAUGGUCCUACUACUACAGCAUCAACCUGGCCAUGGCGCUAAUAAACAUGGCGUUUGCCGCUUGGUCAUUCCAGAAAUAUGAGAAGGAUCAUCCGGUACAGUUGCUGACGGCUCUUCACCGCACCGCUUCCCAUCAGACGCAUCAACCAGGCAGAACACACAUCCUUAAGCAAUCAUUGAAGAGUCGGUCCACCCUACUUGGUGCUCUAUUCAUCUUCGCAUACCAAGGAGCGGAAGUGUCAAUCUCCGGCUGGGUUGUAUCGUUUCUGACCACUUAUCGGCACGGAGACCCCUCGCAUGUUGGGUAUGUCAGUGCAGGGUUUUGGGCCGGCAUUACUGUUGGACGGUUCCUACUUUCCCAUCCCGCCCAUCUUGUCGGCGAGAAACUUGCUGUCACUUUACUGGUGCUCGGAUCAGUCGCCUUUCAGCUCAUGACCUGGCUCAUUCCCAACAUCAUCGGGGACGCCGUCGCUGUCGCUGUAGUGGGUUUGCUGCUGGGACCGGUGUAUCCUUGCGCCACCGCCGUGUUCAGUAAGCUCCUGCCGCGCUCGAUGCAGAUGUCCAGUCUGAGCAUUAUCAGUGCAAUGGGAAGCAGUGGGGGAGCCGUAUCGCCAUUCUUCACUGGGUUGCUGGCUCAAAGUGUGGGGACGUACGUCUUACAUCCGAUAUGCAUCGGAUUGUACGGUGUGAUGCUUGUCGGGUGGCUAUCUCUUCCUCGUAUUUCGAAGAGAUCCGAGUAG